AUGGGCGUAGUCGUGAAAGUAGACAUGGGCAGGGUGAGUGUUGUCUUCGAAGCGCUCGUGGUGCUUUUUGAGUUAGCCGAGGAGCUGCCAGAGGAUGAAGUCUGCAACGCCGUAGACGUAGGGGAAGAAGAAGAGCUUGAGCUCGAAGUCGCCGAAGAGGUAGAGCUCGACGACGAUGGGCUGGAGGAGGCCGAACUGCUAGAGGAUUUAGGAGUAGAAGAGGCCGAGGUUGAGGAAGUAGAAGAGGAAGUGGAAGUGGAAGUGGCCGAGCUAGAAGACGAAGUAGCGGACGUAGUCGAGUCGGAGCUCGUGGAGGAAGUAGAACGGCUGGACGAAGAAAGAGCAUCAGGAGAAAGAGUGGUAUAG